UACUAUACUUGCAGGCACCAACUGUAGCCUGUACUGUGUAGCUAGCUGUGGUCGUGAAAGUGCAUGGGCCAUGACCGAACUGCUCUCCGAUGAUCUAUUUUUCGCUUGCAAAUGAUCUGCCGUAGUCCAAUGGCGCUUUCUUCAAACUUCAUUCCACGUGCCGUUACGGAGGGUUCCUAUGCCUUCGCCCAUUGAUGUGGGGGAAGAAGAUCUGGACCAGUUGCCUUUGGUUCUUUGCUCGUAGUUUCAGUGAAACUCCUGCAGUAGUAUGAACGGAGUCGGAUACGGUGCUGGAGAAUCAGCUUCGGCUGCGAAUCAAGGUUUGGCGUCAGCUGGUGCUCCUACUAGCUCCGCAUCUACUGUGGAUGAUCCGUCAGGCCUCCGACAAGCUCAAGCCUCUGGUGCAGUUGCUGGCGGGAGGGCGUUUCGUGAUCCUGCCGAGGCUCCCCUCCGUGCUUUGACUGUGGAUUUGAUAAAAACGUACAAACAUAUCAACGAUGUGUACUAUACGAAGAGAAAACGUCGGGCACAGCAACAAAUCACCAGUGUACCACCGACUUCAGGAACAGAAGACAGCUCUCGACGAUCGGAGCGGCGUCUUAACAACGAUGGAUACGAUGACGAGAACUUUGAUUACAUAAUUAAGCCUGGAGAGAGAUGGCAUGAUCGCUACGAGAUUGAUUCUCUAAUUGGCAAGGGAUCAUUUGGGCAAGUUGCCAAGGCCUACGAUAGUGAGGAGUCUGAGUAUGUAGCAAUUAAAAUCAUCAAGAAUAAGAAACCGUUCUAUAACCAGGCCCUGGUAGAACUUCGACUACUGGAAAUGAUGAACCGAUAUGACCCCGAGCAGAAGUACUAUAUUGUACGACUGAAACGCCACUUCAUGUUCCGUAACCAUCUGUGUCUCGUGUUCGAACUGUUGAGCUACAACCUGUUUGAUUUGCUGCGGAAUACGAAUUUCCGAGGCGUAUCACUUAACCUGACGCGGAAGUUUGCUCACCAGUUGAUCACAGCACUGCUGUUCCUGUCGACACCGGAGAUGCAAGUCAUUCAUUGCGAUCUCAAGCCGGAGAAUAUUCUACUGUGUAAUCCAAAGCGCUCUGGGAUUAAAAUUGUGGAUUUCGGCAGCUCCUGUCAGCUGGGUCAGCGCGUAUACCAGUAUAUCCAGUCGCGGUUUUACCGCUCCCCGGAAGUGCUCCUCGGCGUCCAGUACGAUAUGGCGAUUGAUAUGUGGUCGCUUGGCUGUAUACUGGUGGAGAUGCACACUGGGGAACCUCUGUUCAGUGGCCAGAAUGAAGUAGAUCAGCUGUACAAAAUCAUUGAAGUGCUCGGCAUACCCACGCAAUCUUUGCUCGAUCGGGGCACCAAGACUUCCAAGUUCUUUGAGAAGCGUGCCAACGGAACCUGCGAGGUGAAGUCUUCGAAGGAUCUGAAGAAGGACUACAAAGCGCCAGGCUCUCGUCGGUUGCAGGACAUCGUCGGGGCUGAUUGUGGAGGCCCGAAUGGCCGUCGCCUCGGUGAGCCCGGUCACACUCCGGCCGAUUAUUUCCGUUUCCUAGACCUGAUUGGCCGCAUGCUGGAGUAUGAUCCUAAGAAACGCAUUAAGCCACACCAAGCCCUGCAGCAUGAUUUCUUUGCUAUGAAUAGAAGCUCGAAUGGCAGCUCAUCUAGUACUACGACCGGCCCUCUUCCUGUAUCGUCGUCGGCUGAUGACAGCCAUACCAGUGGUAAGGGGUCAGCGUAUCUCUAAUCAACAACUAUUCGUGUUAGCAGUAGUGCCAGAAGAGCUGCUCCAGCGGGAUACGCUGUUGUGCAUGUUGAGAUCCUGUAUUAUUGUGUGUGUGUGUGUGUGUGUGUGUGUGUGUGUGUGCGCGCGUGUGGGUGUGCGUAUUUUACUGUAUUGCUGUAUCAUAAUUUCACAAAUCCGAUCAGCCCUUGGUGGCGUGACUUGCACGAAACGUACCGGCAUCAUGAAAUGCAUAGUAUCAUAUUGAUGUUUACCCUGAAUUAUCCACAUAUCUGUCUUAUACACCGGCAGCCCUUGAUUAUCUAGUAUUGUAUCUUCCCAUUGCUGUUGCCGUUAUUGUAGCUGCUGCUACAGUUACUUGAUCAGGCUCUCUCCUUUUUCUUUACUUGAACUUCAACCGUGCAUGGCCAGCGAGCCCUGUUUGCAUCUUGUUCUCCGGCAUUCUUGGAUUGAUUUUCUGUCUCAGGUUCUUCGUCGAUAUGUGUACGAAUCCUUCUUCGUUCUCCUUCAUAUCUGUUUAUACUCGAUUGUUAGCCAUACACUCCUUUCCCAUUGUCGCUGUUCAAACCAGGACUCUUCCCCAUUGUUAUCUUUUGUAUGUCUUUGUGUUUUGCUAGCUAGUUCCCAGAUUGGUGCUUGAUGGUACCAACGUGUCUUUAGGCCAGAACAUUUAUUUACUUACACAAUCUCUGUUUGUGUGCUCCAUGGUUGUUCAUGUGGCUCUUCAUCCUCCUCGUAUUGUUGAGAUUCGCUGGAAUGUGCCAAACACCUCCAGGUUAACGCA